GGCAGGCCGUAGACUGAGGAAGUCCUCUGGAUGGAGAACGAAACGUUUCUCGUUUAAAGGAACUGGUCCAGAUGAAACGAUUGAACCUUUUUUGUUCUUUCAUUUUAUUGCUCUUACGGCAUCUGAGAACAUUCAGUUAAAUAUCUACAGUGAAACAGCUGUUCUUCACUAAUUAUUCAACUCGUGCAUCUUCUGUUCCAUCUGUGAACAUCAUUUACAGCCACCGUCUAAUUUAGUUAUUAUUGUUGGCCACUAAUCAAAACGUUAAAUCAGUUAAUUGAUCGGCGUGUUUCACUAAUUAAUCUGAGCGAGUAAGAAAAACACUUUGAGCUUCUUGUGAAUAAAUAUUUUAUUAAAUUGUUCUGCUCUUUUCUCAGAUGAUUGCUGCUAAUGUGUUGUCCAAAGAAGAAUUCCCCGAUUUCGAUGAUGAGACGGGGAUCCUUCCAAAAGUUGAUGAUGAAGAGGAUGAAGAUUUGGAAAUAGAGCUCGUUGAAGAGGAACCCCCGUUUCUGAGAGGACACACCAAACAAAGCAUGGACAUGAGUCCGGUCAAGAUCGUAAAAAAUCCAGAUGGCUCCCUGUCGCAGGCAGCGAUGAUGCAGAGCGCUCUCGCUAAGGAGAGACGGGAGCUGAAGCAGGCUGCUCGAGAGGCAGAGAUGGACUCCAUCCCCAUGGGGCUGAACAAACACUGGGUCGACCCACUUCCAGACGCUGACGGGCGGCAGAUCGCUGCCAACAUGAGGGGAAUCGGCAUGAUGCCCAACGACAUUCCCGAGUGGAAGAAACAUGCUUUUGGGGGGAACAAAGCCUCGUACGGGAAGAAGACCCAGCUCUCCAUCCUGGAGCAGAGGGAGAGCCUGCCCAUCUACAAGCUGAAGGAGCAGCUCAUUCAGGCUGUUCAUGACAACCAGAUUCUCAUCGUCAUCGGAGAGACGGGCUCUGGUAAGACCACGCAGAUCACUCAGUACCUGGCAGAAGCAGGUUACACCACCAGAGGGAAGAUCGGCUGCACGCAGCCCCGUCGUGUCGCCGCCAUGUCCGUUGCCAAGAGAGUCUCUGAGGAGUACGGGUGCUGUCUGGGACAAGAGGUGGGUUACACCAUCCGGUUUGAGGACUGCACUAGUCCCGAGACGGUCAUCAAGUACAUGACGGACGGUAUGCUGCUGAGGGAGUGUUUGAUCGACUCCGAACUGGGCCAGUACGCCAUCAUCAUGUUGGACGAGGCCCACGAGAGGACGAUCCACACGGACGUUUUGUUUGGUCUCCUCAAGAAGACGGUACAGAAGCGCACGGACAUGAAGCUGAUCGUAACUUCGGCCACGCUGGACGCCGUCAAGUUCUCUCAGUAUUUCUACGAAGCGCCCAUCUUCACCAUCCCAGGAAGAACGUAUCCAGUUGAGGUUCUUUACACCAAAGAACCCGAGACCGACUAUCUGGACGCCAGCCUCAUCACCGUCAUGCAGAUUCAUCUGACUGAGCCUCCAGGUGACAUCCUGGUCUUUUUAACGGGUCAGGAGGAGAUCGAUACCGCCUGCGAGAUUCUGUACGAGAGAAUGAAGUCUCUUGGACCCGACGUUCCUGAACUCAUCAUCCUGCCGGUUUAUUCUGCUCUGCCCAGUGAAAUGCAGACCAGGAUUUUUGACCCUGCGCCUCCAGGAAGCAGAAAGGUCGUUAUCGCUACAAACAUCGCCGAGACGUCUCUGACCAUCGAUGGGAUAUAUUACGUGGUGGACCCCGGCUUUGUCAAACAAAAGGUCUACAACUCCAAGACCGGCAUCGACCAGCUGGUGGUGACGCCCAUCUCACAGGCUCAGGCCAAGCAGAGGGCGGGCCGCGCCGGCAGAACCGGUCCAGGGAAGUGUUACAGACUUUACACUGAAAGAGCCUACCGGGACGAGAUGCUGACCACCAACGUGCCGGAGAUCCAGAGGACCAACUUGGCCAGCACGGUGCUGUCUCUGAAGGCCAUGGGCAUCAAUGACCUCCUGUCCUUUGACUUCAUGGACGCUCCCCCCAUGGAGACGCUGAUCACAGCCAUGGAGCAGCUCUACACGCUGGGAGCUCUGGAUGACGAGGGCUUACUCACACGGCUCGGUAGAAGGAUGGCCGAGUUCCCUCUGGAGCCCAUGCUGUGCAAGAUGCUGAUCAUGUCGGUCCAUCUGGGCUGCAGCGAAGAGAUGCUCACGAUUGUGUCCAUGUUGUCCGUUCAGAACGUCUUCUACAGGCCGAAGGACAAGCAGGCCCUGGCCGACCAGAAGAAGGCAAAGUUCCACCAGCCGGAGGGCGACCACCUCACCCUGCUGGCCGUGUACAACUCCUGGAAGAACAACAAGUUCUCCAACCCCUGGUGUUACGAGAACUUCAUCCAGGCUCGCUCCCUGCGCAGAGCUCAGGAUAUCCGCAAGCAGAUGUUGGGCAUCAUGGACAGACAUAAACUGGAUGUGGUGUCGUGUGGCAAAGCGACGGUACGAGUGCAGAAGGCCAUCUGCAGUGGUUUCUUCAGAAAUGCAGCCAAGAAGGAUCCUCAGGAGGGCUACAGAACCCUCAUAGAUCAGCAGGUCGUUUACAUCCACCCAUCAAGUGCUCUGUUCAACCGGCAGCCUGAAUGGGUGGUGUACCACGAGUUGGUCCUGACCACCAAGGAGUACAUGCGCGAGGUGACCACCAUCGAUCCCCGCUGGCUCGUAGAGUUCGCUCCCGCCUUCUUCAAAGUGUCCGACCCCACGCGUCUCAGCAAGCAGAAGAAGCAGCAGCGCCUCGAACCGCUGUACAACCGUUACGAGGAGCCAAACGCCUGGAGGAUCUCCCGCGCCUUCAGACGCCGCUGACGCGGGUGACGUCGCUAAUCUGCAGCGCAGAUGUUUGGGCGGUGGCGAUGUCAUCUUCACUGCGGUACUGUACCAGCUUUGGACACACGGAUCAGGAUGCGGUCUCCUUAAAUUUGUGGCUUCAGUCAUUUUAAUCGUUUUAGAGCAGAAACUAAUUAAGAGCCGUUUUAUAGAUUCUGUGUAAACUGAUGGAUUAUUUAUUUCUUCUGUUUUAAAUUGGACUCACAUUAUCUGAAAAUGGACCUGAGGGAAGUUUAGUUUGAUUUUUUUUUUUACUCUUCUGAUUCUUUGUUUGACCAAAAUGGUUGAACAUUGUAAAAAUAUCUGUGUAUCAGACCUGAAAUGAAAAAAAACUGAACGUUUGUCAAAGUUUAAUUUUACUGUAAAUACAGAUGAACAAAGAAAAAACACACUUUAGUACUUUUUACCUUCAACAUAAAUGUAAAUACAAGACUUUAGUAUUUCCUCCUCAGAAUAAGAUGUGGUGUAAAAUAUGUAAUUACUCUCUGUUCACUUAUUUUUCCACUUCAAUUAAUUAAUCAGAUGUAAGUCACAAAUUAAUUUAACAGCUGAAAAUAAAAAAAACAACUCAAAUAUAAGUUGGUGCUAAAAAUCUAAAUUAAUUU